AUUCUAAUCCUCCAAAAAAACCCUAGAAAACAAUAGCACGUAUAUCUAACCAGAAGAAUCGCCCUUUCACUUCCUAUUCUGAGAGAAGAGGUAUCAGUAGCCGCAGCCGUCGAGCUCCACACCUCCCUCAGCGCCAAGGAAAGUAAGCAAGCAAGAAUGGCGUACGCAUUGAAGCCGCCGAAGCAGCAGGGUGUAGAUGAGCCUCAGGAGCAGAUUCACAAGAUCAGGAUCACCCUCUCCUCCAAGAACGUCAAGAACCUCGAGAAAGUUUGUGCGGAUUUGGUUCGUGGUGCCAAGGACAAGCGAUUGAGGGUUAAGGGACCGGUGAGAAUGCCCACCAAGGUUCUGAACAUCACCACCAGGAAGUCCCCUUGUGGUGAAGGUACCAACACCUGGGAUCGAUUUGAGCUUCGUGUCCACAAGCGAGUUAUUGACCUCUUUAGCUCCCCAGAUGUUGUUAAGCAAAUUACCUCCAUCACUAUUGAACCCGGUGUGGAGGUCGAAGUUACCAUUGCGGAUUCUUAAACAUGUCGUACUAUAGUCAAUUAGAAUCUUUACCUUAUGUUUCUAUGUUUUCUUGGAACAUACAUCCAAGUCUCAAGCUUGAGCGAUGCUGUAGGUUUAAGGCAGUAGAGGUGUGCUUCCAGUAUGUUAUUGUCAUGAAAGACAUCUGUGAGAUGGGGAUUUUGAUAUUUUGCAGUUUUAUUAAGUUUGAGAUUUUUUAA